AUGGAUGUACAGGGCCGGUCAGAGGCCGCCGCGACGCUCCCCUCCUUGCAGGAAUCGCUGGAUGGGGAUGAGAAGGAGCUAGACAGCAGCAAGGAGGGUGUCCCCGCCGAGGAGCGGAGACUCAAGCUGCUGCCCAGCAGCCACUACUGUGUCUACAGCUACCGCGGAAGCAGAUUGGCACGGCAGCGAGCGGACAGUGAUGGUGGAAGCCCAAGUGGCACAGAUGCAGAAACUCCCUCUGGUGAUGAUUUCAGCCUCUCCUUGGCGGAUGCUAAUCUACCCUCUGAAGUGGAGCCAGAGCUGCGCAGUUUCAUUGCUGAGCGUCUUUCUAAGGGAGCAGUCUUUGAAGGGCUGGGGAAUGUUGCAUCUGUGGAGCUGAGAACUCCAGGUUACAGAGUCGGUUGUUAUUACUGCCUUUUCCACAAGAAAAACUGCUUCCCUAAACAGCAACAACGGACUGUGGACGUAACUCUUGAGUAUACGGUCUGCUUUUGAGGAGGGUCUGAAAAAGGACUUGAGCUUUUCAGGCUUGAAUUGGACAAGUAUAUUCAAGGGCUGAAAAAUAACAUGAAUUGUGAGGAAAGGGGUGGGGAGAACCACAUACAGUCCUACCCGAGCAGCUGUUUUGAGGAUGUUGUAUGCCCAGUCCAAAGGGUGGUUCAUCUCUUUCAGGAGCAGCUUACCUUCCUGCUACACGCUUUAUAUACUCGUGUUGAGGUUAAAGAAUCAGAUGAAAAAGCAAAAAGAGACAUUCACAGGUUUCUGAGUGUGGCCAGUCUCCAAGGCCUUAUUCACGAAGGCACCAUGACGUCUCUGUGCAUGGCCACGGAGGAGCAGCUUAAGUCCGUGAUCAUCGACUGUAGUAGCUCCCAGCCUCAGUUCCACGGCGCAGGAAGCAACUGGUCUUGUGAGGAUGGAAUGCAGGCUUUUUUGAAUGGUGCUGACGGAGGUAACCCUUUUCUUUUUUGGCAAGUCCUGGAGAACUUUAAACUAAAAGCCAUACAAGAAGCAGAUAAUUUGAAGAGAUUUAUCUGGCAGGCUGAAAUGAAUCAUUAUGCUUUGUUUCAAUGUUUCAUGUUCCUAAAGAACUGUGGUAGUGGAGGUAUCCUUUUGGAGAUUGUUAAAGUGGAACACGAAGAAAUGCCCGAAGCCAAAAGUGUGGUAGCUAUCCUCGAAGGAUUUAUGAAAGAAGCCCCUGCCCAAAGUUUUUGA